ACUGAUAAUUCGCCACUUUGAAUUAAAUAUCUCUUCUUGUUGUUAUCAGUUUAUUACACAACAAAUGCGUACCAAUUGAAGGUUUCGAUAACAAAUCCUUUUAAAAAUAAAGAUGUUUCGAAACUAGUAGUAAAUAAAUUAAUUUUUUUUUAUUUUGUGAAAGAUAGUACAAUGUCCGUGAAUAACAUUGAAUCUCUUUGUUCUCAAAGAGUUGGAUACAAUAAAAAGAUUAUUAAAACUGAUACGAGUAGUUUAGUACCAGAAGGAGAAAACUAUGGGGGAGAAAUGGUAAAAUUGAAUCUGGUGGUCCAGGACGAAAACAGCAAUCAGAGCGAAGAAAUACAUGUAGUGGUGAAAAAAAUUCCUCCCUCGGAAAUAUAUCAGGAAAUAUUUAAUAUCCAACAUACUUUUAGAGCUGAGAUUAAUUUCUACGAGAAACUUGUACCGCUGUUUCAAAAUUUCCAGAGAGAAAAUAAUGUACAGGAUGUUUUGGAUUGUUUUGCAAAAUUUUAUGGCAGCAGAUUGAAUUUGAAUGGAUCAGAAGAAGUUGAUUUGGAUGCUGCUAUAGUUUUUGAAAAUUUGAGUAUUGCAGGUUUCAGAAAUAUUGACAGACUUACUGGCUUUAAUUUUGAAGAGACCCAACUACUGUUAAAAUAUUUGGCCCAGCUUCAUGCUGUACCAUUAGCAAUUAAGAUCAGAAAUCCUGAAUUGUUUAAGCAAGAAAUAAGACCACAUUUAAAUAACGGUCUUCAUGGGAGUGGUGGUUUUGAAAUGGCUCUUCCUAUAAUCGAGGCAAUACUUAAUGAGUCUCAAAAAUGUGCACCUCUAGUACCAAAGGUAAGUAAUUCAUACUAAAUUUUACAACUCAAA